GACAAGCCCUUAGGGCGGUACAUUCCAACUUAACAUAAAACACCCCUCUCACAACCAGACCCCACCGCUGCCACGUCCACGUGCGCCGCACACGCGGGAAAGGGGACUCUACAACACGCAUCGCCCCGAGCCGAGCCCUCUCGCUUCCCUUUUAUACCCCUUGCCACGCGCAUUCCCCUCUCCACUGCCAGCUCCGGUCCGCAGAGGGAGGGAGGAGGACGCCAGUUGCCACUGCCGCGCCGCUCCCGCCUCCCUCUCUCCAUCCGACGAGCUCGAGAAGCCACCAUGAUCUCCGCGCGCACCGCCGCAGCUUCCCCCGCCUCCCUGUGGAAGCGGGGAGGACAAAGUGAGGGCGGCGGCAGUUGCGACGGAUGUCGGACCUACAGGAACACUUUGCGGAGGGCCGCAGCAGCGAAGGUGCGUGCCUUGCCGUCGAGGGCGGUGGAGGCGGUCAAAAUGGGCUCCGCCGCGGAGGUGGAGCAGGAGGAGGCGGAGGUAGCCGCGGCCGCGGACGGCGUCGUCGUCGAGGACCACUACGGCGAGGACAGCGCCACCGAGGAGCUGCCCAUCAUGCCCUGGGCCUUCUCCGUCGCAAGCGGUUACACCCUCUUGAGGGAUCCACAUCACAACAAGGGUCUUGCUUUCACGGAGAAGGAGAGGGAUGCACACCACUUGCGUGGGCUGCUUCCUCCUGCAGUUGUUCCUCAAGAACUCCAAAUUAAGAAGAUCAUGCACAACCUGCGGCAGUACCAGGUCCCUUUGCAGCGCUAUAUGGCCAUGAUGGACCUUCAGGAGAGGAACGAGAGGCUUUUCUACAAGCUUUUAAUUGAUAACGUGGAGGAGCUGCUUCCUGUGGUUUAUACACCAACUGUAGGUGAGGCCUGCCAGAAGUAUGGGUCCAUCUUUCGACAACCACAGGGUCUGUAUGUCAGCUUGAGGGACAAAGGGAAGGUCCUAGAAGUUCUAAGGAACUGGCCACAUAGGAACAUUCAAGUUAUCUGUGUUACUGAUGGUGAGCGAAUCUUGGGACUUGGAGAUUUGGGUUCUCAGGGAAUGGGAAUUCCUGUAGGCAAACUUGCUCUAUACACUGCUCUUGGAGGAGUUCGUCCAUCAGCUUGUUUGCCUAUCACAAUCGAUGUUGGCACAAAUAAUGAGAAACUGCUUAAUGAUGAGUUUUACAUUGGACUCCGGCAAAAACGUGCAACUGGCGAGGAGUAUCAUGAGCUUAUGGAAGAGUUCAUGGCUGCUGUUAAGCAAAUCUACGGCGAGAAAGUCCUCAUUCAGUUUGAGGACUUCGCGAAUCAUAAUGCUUUUAAUUUGCUUGCAAAAUAUAGCAAGAGCCAUCUUGUUUUCAAUGAUGACAUCCAGGGCACAGCAUCAGUGGUCCUUGCAGGUUUGUUAGCAGCACUCAAGGUGGUUGGUGGGACCUUGGCAGAGCACACUUAUUUAUUCCUUGGUGCUGGGGAGGCUGGAACUGGUAUUGCAGAACUCAUUGCUCUUGAGAUUUCAAAACAGACGUCGGCUCCAAUUGAAGAGUGCCGCAAGAAGAUUUGGUUGGUGGACUCAAAGGGUUUGAUUGUUGACUCUCGUAAAAACUCCGUUCAGUCAUUCAAAAAACCUUGGGCACAUGAGCAUGAGCCCUUGACAACUUUGUACGAUGCUGUUCAGUCCAUCAAACCUACAGUUCUGAUUGGGACGUCUGGAGUUGGAAGAACAUUCACAAAAGAAGUUGUUGAGGCCAUGGCUUCCUUCAAUGAGAGGCCUAUCAUCUUUUCACUGUCAAAUCCAACCUCUCAUUCUGAAUGUACUGCUGAAGAAGCAUAUAACUGGACUCAGGGUCGUGUAAUAUUUGCCAGUGGCAGUCCAUUUGACCCUGUGGAGUACGAUGGGAAGGUUUUUGUACCUGGACAGUCGAACAACGCCUACAUUUUCCCUGGAUUUGGCCUCGGUCUUGUUAUCUCUGGAGCCAUCCGUGUCCACGAGGACAUGCUUCUUGCCGCCUCGGAAGCACUAGCUGCUCAGGCCACACAGGAGAACUUCGACAAGGGAUCAAUCUUCCCGCCCUUCACCAACAUUAGAAAGAUCUCUGCGCGCAUUGCCGCAGCCGUGGCUGCAAAAGCUUAUGAACUCGGUACGCACGUGCCCUCUGUUUUGCUUUGCAGUGCAGACACCAUUCCACACCUUGGCGUUCACCACACCGUCACUUCCCUCUGCAGGUUUGGCGACCCGUCUGCCUCCCCCAAGGGACCUGGUGAAAUAUGCACAGAGCUGCAUGUACACUCCUGUCUACCGUAACUACCGGUAGUGCUGCUGGGAUCAAUUCUGCAGUAAUAAAAUAUGUCGACGCAGAUGAUCCUGCAAUGUUGUAGUUUAUUUUUUCAUUUGUUGGCCCUGCUGCUGACCACCUUUGUGGCUGCUAGACACUGUACCUGUCUAUGCAUAUAUGAUACUGGAACAUUUGGCGCGCUGUGGGCGUCCCUGUCAUGAGAUCAAUUGCAGAAAUAAAAUGCAAUUUAGAUUUGA